AUGGAGAAAGACGCGAUAUACAUUUGUGACCGUUGCAAAGAAAAUUCAGAUGCCAGUGAAAAUAAAUCCAAAAAUUAUCGCUGGCUUGUUUCAAUAAAAUCUAUAUUCCAGUGUGCUAAAUGUUCAAAUUACUUCAACAUUGGAUUUAGAGUUACAGAGAAGAUAUCAUUGCUUGAUGCAUCAAACAAUUCAGUGCAGGAAUUAGUCACUGGGCAGUGCGAAAAUGUGAUGGGCGAUGAGGGUUCCUGUAUUAAACACAGAAUACUAGAAAGACAGCCAAUUGAAUCAACGGAAAAUCUGUACAAGUGUGAUGUUUGCCUUCGAACCUACAUGACUGAAAAGAGUCUUCUAUAUCACAAACGCGUACACGACGAGAAUAGUCCUUUUAGAUGCGAGGUGUGUAAUAUGCAAUUACAAUCCAAAGCGAAUUACCAAGAGCACUUAAACAACCAUUCCAACGAAAGACGUUAUAAAUGUUGUUAUUGCACCGCGGCUUUUGAAUUUAAUCAGGGUCUUCAGACCCACUUGAACAUACAUAAAGACCAGAAUCCUUUCAGGUGUGAAUUGCGCAAUAAGAAUUGUGUUUCUAAACCAGAGCUUGAAUGUCACAUGUCCAGUCAUUCGAAUGAAAGACCUUUCGAGUGUACUGUAUGUCACUCGACGUUUAAAACUAUAUCUAGCCUUACUACUCAUAUGAACGUACAUAAAGAUCAAAAUCCUUUCAGGUGUGAAUUGUGCAACAAAAAUUGUGCUACUAAACAAGAACUUGAACGUCACAUGUCCAGUCAUUCGAAUGAAAGACCUUUGAAAAGUAAUGUAUGCUCUAUGAUGUAUAAAAGUAAAAAUAGCCUGACUCCGCAUAUGAAUGUACAUAUGAACGUCUCAGCUGUUAGUCCGCGUAAAAAUAUAGAGGGCCACAAAACUUCUGAAACUAAACACAGAAUCGAAGAAAGCAAUCCGAUCGAUCCAAACGAAAAACGUUACAAAUGUGACAUUUGCCUUCGAUCCUACAAGACUCAAUUCGGCCUUGGACUCCAUAUAAACGUACACGAUAAGAAGAAUCCUUUUAGAUGCGAGGUGUGUGAUAAAUGCUUUAGAUUUAAAUCAGUAUACCAGAUUCACUUAAAGAAACAUUCCAACGAAAAACUUUAUAAAUGCAGUUUCUGCCCUGCGGCAUUUAAAUUUAAAUGUGAUCUUCGUUCCCACAUGAACGUACAUGAUGACCAGAAUCCUUUCAGGUGUGAAUUGUGCAACAAGAGUUGUGCUACUAAACAAAAGCUUGAAUAUCACAUAUCCAGUCAUUCGAAUGAAAGACCUUUCAAGUGUAAUGUAUGUCCUACGACGUUUAAAACUAAAUGUAGCCUUACUACUCAUAUGAACGUACAUAAAGACCAGAAUCCUCACCGAUGCGAAUUGUGUAAUAAGAAAUGCAGUUCUAAACACAAUCUAAAAUCUCAUAUGAUGACUCAUACAGGAGCAAGGUCUUACAAGUGUCUUAUCUGCUCAAUGUCCUAUAAAACAGAACUUAAUCUCAUUCGUCACAUGAAGAUGAAACAUCAACAGGAUAAUUUGAAAUGA